UAUUGCGAAAAUUCACACCGUCCUGCGCCAAUGCACCUUACGAUAGUAGCAUUGUUGUUAACUGCAGUACGCAGACCUUAUUACGUGACAAGGUAUAGCUUGUGUAAGUUUAACUGCGAUUCUCUUCUAUCUGUUCAGUUGUCGUUCGAACGCGUCGCGACGCGAGUGCUCUUCUCUUAACCCUUUCUUACGAUCGAUCAUUAAAAUCACCAAGUUUAAACUAGCUGGUAAUGCAACGAACAAAAGUGAAAAUUAUGCAAACGGGUCAACGUCGUCCGUUUCUCUGACUCUUUUUUUAUGCCUUCGCAACGUUCUUCUAAUCAUAAUAUGUGGAAUCGUAAAGUGUUCAUCAGGAUUAUCGAAGUGAUACUUUGUAUUGCCUGUGUGGUGGCACUCAGGGUGACCGAUGACGAGAGUCGAAGGGUGUUUCAUUAUUUGAGGAGUCGGAGCAGAGAAUGGCCUCUUAUAAGCAAUGUUACGUGGGGUGCUAUAGGCGCCGCCCUCGCCACAGCGACCUGCGGUGGUUACAUAAUAAUCACAACGGGUCUCCUCAUAGCCGCCGCUGCAGGAGAACUCACUGGCCGAAAAACGGAGCUAUUUUUUCUCGGACUGGGUAUAAUCCUCUUCGGCAUCGUUGGUGCUCUCUCAAUGGCGUCCAUCGAGAACGUCCCUGAAGAUUUAGUAGACAACGCCGCUGUUUUUGGGGCACUGUGUUUAUUAACGGCGUUGGUUUUCAUCGCUGAUUUAUUAAUGACCACUCCCAAGAAGAAAAAUAAAGAAGACAUGAAGGAACAUUUAACUGACAAGAGAGCAAGACACGAAAUAACGAUAACGACUGAGAAGGAAACAAAACCAAAAGCAGAGAGUCCAAAGAUCUCCAAGAAAGACGACAACGGCAACAUCAACGUGGGUUUCGACAAAAUGGAGGAGCAACGUCAAAAGACCUCAGCUCCUCAGUCUGAAAAUCUUCAAAAAUGGGAGCAAGAUCAACGGACGUACAGAAGCGAAGAAGAGAAAAGAGAACCGAAAGAGUAUACUCAGAACUUUGAAAACGGAAUAGCUCUCAGAGAUUCGCAGAGGUAUCGAGACUCUGAGACGCAGAAGAGCGCGAACAGAGAAUCUUAUAAAAUGAUGCACCGAAUGGAGAUGCCUACGGUGGUGUAUAAAAGUCAUGAUAUUUAUCAGAGGCCUGUCGAUGAAGUGGAUACACCAAGAUUCCCUAUUGAGUCUAGUAACAGAGGGGAGACGAUGUUUGCGAAGAUUAUUAAUCCUGGUGUGAAGAUUAUGAAAGUGGAGCACGAUGUUGAUGAAGCCUUUGAUGGGUACAGAUACUCUGACACCAGUCAAUACGACAACGUACCCAUCCGAAUGAAAAGAUCGUCCCCAAAGAGUCAGAGAAAGAAUCGAGACGUGUCGUUCAAUGUACCGCCUCCCCCAAAGGGCUACGAAAAGGAAAUAGAAAAAAGCAAAGACGAAAUUGAGAUGCUGGAAGAAUGUUUCAGUUCUCUCAGAACCGCGAGUACUGGAACACAGACGGCUAACGUGAAAACACCUUCGACCCCAACUGACCCUGGAUACGUUCGACAUACAGCUAGCAACUGGCCUCAUGAAGCGAAGUCGAAAUCACCUUCCAGUCCUAAUCGAUCUAGAAAUUAGUUGAAGAAUUAAGAAUAAGAAUUGAAGAAAAUUAUAUUCCAUGUGAAAUUUUAGAGGUGCUACAAUACUGAGUUGAAUUACUUU